GCGCGAAAACUGUUACACAUGCGCUUUGAAUACUGGCAAAAACCUUCCCGCUUUCCUUCUUCCGUUUCUGCCUCUUGUCCGUUAAACGAGCAACUCUAUUACGUGUUUUUUCUUGUGGUUCUUAGCGCCGCCCGCAUCUUUUUUUUUAACCCCUCCAAAAAGAAUGUGUAUGUCGGAAGGGAUAGGGAAAGAAGUAGGCGGGCGGGUUCCUGGAGCGGACGUCUCAUUGGUCGACAGGCGCGUUUUCAAUUUUGUAAUGGCGCUGUGGCGGUGGGCGGUUUAUAAUGUUUUCUCGACCUAGAGACUUAGCUCUCCCCCUUCAUCUUGUUUCCUUAAACCCCCAAAUCAGCAAUUUUUAAAAGUCCGUUUUUCAUAGCAGUCUUAGUUCCCAGCGUGCUUAAUACUUAGCAUGGAUUCUUCCAAUCGCAAGGAUCCCGCCUCUUCAGCUGCAUCUCGAGUCUUAGUGCUGGAGGAAGAAGUCAGGAGCCUGAAUGAGGAGCUGAGGCAGUGCCAGGCUGAUAAAGAAUUUGUAUGGUCUUUAUGGAAGCGUCUCCAGGUCGCAAACCCAGAUAUUUCACAAGCAGUAAGCUUAGUUGUGGAAAGAGAAAAGCAGAAAGCUGAACUCAAGGACAGGACGGUUUUGGAGAUUUUGCAAGUCAAAGACAGCAGAAUACAGGCACUGGAGCAGAGAACAUCUGGGCAACAAGAAGAGAUAAACAAUCUGGUACGGAGGAAAAUUGCUGUAGAUGAGGAAAAUGUCAUCUUGAAGAGUGAACUCUGCCUCUUGCAGCAGAAAUUUACAGAUAAAAUCCAGGAACUUAAGGACACCAAGGAGUGUGCAGUGAGAAAGGAAGAGCAAAGCAGGCUGGUUAUAAAAAAUCUGGAGGAGGAAAAUGAGGGAUUAAGUACACGCUAUGCUGACCUGCUAAAUGACCUGGAGAAACUGAGGAAGCAGGAGGCACAAUGGAGAAUAGAAAAAUCUGGCAUUGAUGCAAAAAUAAAGAAUUUGGAAGCUGAUUUGACAGAUGCAAGAGUGCAAAUGGAAAUCUUUCACAGUAGAUGCAAUGAUUUGGCAGCACAACUGGGAAUUAAACAGACUGAAUUAACACAAAAGGAUUUAGAUGUAGCCAGAGCCAGGAAGGAGUUGCAGGAGCUGCAGAAUCUCUACAAACAAAACACUGAACAUGCAGCACAGCAGGCAGAGCUGAUCCAGCAGCUUCAGGCUCUCAAUAUGGAUACGCAGAAAGUACUGAAAACUCAGGAAGAUGCUCACACAGCUGAAACAAUAUCAUAUCAAAAACUCCAUAAUGAAUUGACUCUAUGUUGUGACAAACUCAAAGCAAGUGAGAUUCAGCUCCAGCAAAGUCAAGUUUCUCUCCAGAAUCAGCUGUUUGAAAAAGAACAACAGAUCAAUCAGCUGGAAAGCCAACUUCAGCAGGCACUCAGUUGUGCCUCUUCACUACCUCAAGAAACUUACCCAGAUCAGAGAAAAGAGAAAUUCCACCAAUAUUCUUUAAGGCAAUCAGAAUAUCUUAUAACAGCACAAAAAUCUGAAAUAAAGUUUUUGCAAGAAAAAUUGAAAAGAGCAACUUGUACACCAACAGAUCGUACCCUUUGCAGCAGAUAUUUCCUGGAUCGCAUCAACGUUAGAACUGGGAAGAAAUACAAGGAACCACCUGUGAAACGUUCAAGGUCUCUGUCCCCAAAGAGCUUUUUGAGAGAGUCAAAGGAACUAAAGAAGCUUCAAAUAGCUGAAAGAAAGAUUGAAAACUUAGAGAAGUCACUACAGUUAAAGACUCAAGAAAAUGAUGAGCUAAGGCAAGCCCAUGAAAAGCGCAAAAAAAGGCUGCAGAUGUUACAGACCAACUACAGAGCAGUAAAAAAGCAAUUAAAGCAGUGGGAGGAGGGCUAUAGCGAGAUCGGAAGUAGCGAUAGGGGAAAGAAACGUUCGGAUCCCCAACAGUUAUGCCAAGAAGAUUCUGAUGCUGUAUGGAAUGAGCUGGCUUAUUUCAAAAAGGAACACAAAAAGCUACUGAUUGAAAAACUGAAUUUAGAGGAAGAAUUGGAUCAGAUGAAAGUAUGUGUAUCUAGGGAUAAAGCUACAAUACAAGAACUGAAUCUGUGUCUUCAACAAGAAAGAGAAGAGCUGUUCUUUAGACUUGGUGAAGAGGAUGGGGUCAAGAGCAGUACUCCAAAGAAGAAUGUGAAAGAAAUAUCAGCACAGACAUUACAGAAGGUUUCCCAGUUGGAAAGAAGGCUGAAAGGGUUUGAGAAGGAAUCAAGUCAAUUGUUGGAAGUUAACGAAGGGUUAAUAAAGGACAACAGUGAUCUGAAAGUAUCUCUUAAGCAGCACAGAGAAGAAGCAGAGGCCAGAAAGUGGGAGGUGGAGAAGCUACUGCAAAAGAUCAAAGAAAUAAAGCAGGACAAAGCAGAGCUUCAGUUAAUGAUAGAUGGGCUGAUGGGAGAGGUCACCUCUCUGAAGAGGCAAGUGGCAGAAGCCAACACACUGAGAAAUGAAAAUGAGGAUCUGCUGAGUCAGAUGAGGCAAAUGCAGGCUUCCCUGAAUAAAGCAAGGAUGGUGGAUACUAUGGCCACAGUGGAGGCAACCUGUCGGCCAUGUAAAUGUAAGACUGCUAACUCCAAAGUAAAGUGGAAAACAGGGAAGAAAAAGAGCUCUGUGAAACGUCACCAAUCUUUCCUCAAUCAGUCCAUCAAGGUUAUGAGCGGUGCAUUUGAGAACUUCAGUAAGGACGGCUGGGAGGAUAUGAGUGAAAGCAGUGACUCUGAAAUACCAACUUCUGAAAGUCUGGGGACUUUCAUUGCAAAAACAGCCCAAGAGAUUCCAAUGAUAGGCAAAAAGGAUGAGCAAGAACAAAAUAAGUCUGAAGAGAGCAAUCUACCUUCCUGUACUGUGCAUUUAGAUGGCACAAACAAGUCAUAUAUAAAGGACAAAGGUGUAGAACUAGCCCCUUUCCAAAAGAAGAAGACCCUUAAUUCUGUCCAUGUUAGUAAAGUAAACAGAGAGAAGAAAAGAAAUAUUGUGGCCCAGAAACCUGGCUGUUCUGCUUCUCUAUGGGGACGGAUUACAUCCUUACAGCAGCAGUUAGCAGUUCUACAGAAUUCAAAAAGAACAACAGUAUCUACUCUCCAAAAGUCUAAGGAAGAGAAUAAAAAAUUAACAUCUCAGAUACAUUUAACUGAACAAAGACUUCAAGCCAGCAAACAAACAAUUCAGACACUGAUGUCCAACCUGACUGAGUUGCAGCAAGAAAAAUCAGAUUUGCAAGGAAAAUUGGACCACCUGACACAAUCUACCAAACUGAGAGAGGGCCUGUCUCCUGUGAAAUCUGGCCAUACGGGAAGUGCUCCAGCAACUCCACUAAAGAAUGUAGAUUUGGAAAUGAAGCAGCUGCAGUAUAAACUGAAGAAUGCAAAUAAUGAAAUCACUAAACAGUCAUCAGCCGUUAAAUCUUUGAAAAAUGAAGUCCAAGGUAAAGAAGAACAGAUGCGGGAACUGCAGGAAAAGAUUUCUCGAAUGGAGAGAGACUUAAGUAUGAAAAGGCAUUUAAUAGAAGACUGGAGAAUGCGGAUGAAAGCUAAUCAGGAAAAGGAGAGAGCCUUUAAAGAAACAUUGCAAACUCUUGAAGAAAAGGUAAAGGCAUUGACUGAAGACUGUUCAAAUAAAAAAACAUCAAUUGAUUCACUAAAGCAAAGGCUUAACAUCGCUACAAAAGAAAAGGCACAGUACGAGCAGCUGUAUCGCAAAGCUACAGAGGAGGUGGAAAAAAGGGAGCUUAAAGUCGCCAAUCUAGAAGGCAAAAUGGUUGAGGCUGAAUGUGCCAUGACGGAACUGGAAACAACUGCCUCCCAGCAGCUCCAUGGUUUGGCAAGACAAAGUGGGCAGGCACUUGAAGUAGUGCAGAAAAAGUUGAUCAUGGCCAAUGAAAAAGUGGAAGAGUUUGUUACCUUUGUGAAGACUUUGGCCACAGAGCUGCAGCAUAUUGUGAAGGAGAUCCGAACCCAAAUAAGGCAUACUAAAAAAAUGCAACAAGAGAAAAAAUAUGGCAGUGGCAUUUCAAAAGAGUCAGCUCACCGGGCCCAGUAUUUGGCUGCCUCUAUCCUUAACAUAUCAAAGACAGACUUGGAUGAAAUACUUGAUGUUGAAGAUGAAGAGGAGAUGGAACAGAUGAAAAGAGAACAUGAAAAUGACAAGGAGUGGAUGAGCUACUUACAGAAGCUUUUGGAAGGACAGUUUCCUUUUGCUUCGUAUUUAAUGGAUGCUGUGCUGGAAAAACUAAAUGAGCAGAAGAAACUGGCAGAAGAAUACAGUUCUCUUAUGAAACAAAUGAUGUAACAAUGCUGGAGAACUGAAUUUUGACCUUUUUUGUGUGGGCGGCUAAUGUUAAGGACUAAUUCACAAUUCAUAUUAGCAAGUUGUUUGGUGCAUUUGCACCAAAAUAGGAAAGUUCCAUAUUUGAACAUACAGUAAAUGAGCACCAAAAUGCUAUGGAGUUGUGCAGAGAACACUAGUUAAAACCUACUAAAUUAAUCUUAGUAUAAUGUGUGAACCAUCCCUUUCUAAAUCCUAUUGGACUCAGUAGGACUUAAUUUAAAGUGAUCAAGUUUUUGAUUGGGCUGAAGAUCUGUUUCUUUCUGAUAGGGAUAUAUUGCUAGACAACUUCUAUAGUGAUUGUAUUGCAUAUCAGCUGUGGAACAAUUAUUAUUUACACCCCCAUUUCUGCUGCAAAUUACUUAAGUACUGUGUUCCUAAGCACAGGAAUUCCAACAAGCGUAUGAAAACAGCACUUGUUUGUCCAGUUGCACAUUUUUGAAGAUGCCAUUGUAAUGGGUUUAACCUUAAGAGCAAGGAAUACAUGAUGGGCCAAUCCACUGGAAUCUUCUUUCACAGCUGUACUCGCACCAUGUGUGUUCCAUUCAGGGAUGUGUUUGAAAGAUAUCUUUACACCUGAUUGGGCCAUACAUUCUCAUGUACAAGGAUGCAAAUUUCAGUUAGUUCUUUUGAAAUUUUAGGAUGUUCUUUUGGAUUACAACUCCAAUCAUCAUGAAGAUGAUAGGUCAUCUAUAAAUUCUGUGUUUAUUUUGAAAUAUAUAUUUUAAAAAGCAUGGUGUGAAUUCAAAUUUAGAAGACAUUUACCGUAAUUCUUAUUUUUGACUGUGAAAGUGUGUACUAAAGUGUGUUCAAUGUAUUUAAAAGUAUUUAAGAAUAAAUGGUUUUGAUAUUGUG